CGCAACUUUUCCCUUAAGAACGAAAAACGAAAAGGAGAGCGUUGCUGCUGCGCGUCUGUCUCGAUCCCAUGUUGUCUGGACCGCCCCCACCCCACUCACAUCAGUAGGUAUCGCCAUGUGUGAACAGCACGCGGCACAUACACACCAGGCAAUGCAAUCUAUACACGCAGCCGCACAGCACACAAAGUGCGCACCUAUACAACACACACACACCGAUGCACAAACACAGUCUUCAGCCAGCCAGCCACUCAAUCAGCCAGCCCUUCAGUCGCUCCGCCGGCCAGUCGCCCAUCCAUUUGUCGCUCGCAGGCGACCAAAAUCGCAUCAGUAAGAAGGGCAAGGCAGGCUUGCCUGCACUCCCCAUCCACUCACUCACUCUCACUCAUAGCACAGAGUAUUGCAAUGCACAGACAGACACGGAGAGAGCGCUAGUUUCUCUCUCGUCAUGCAUUCAAACGGCCGCUGAAAAUCGUGUCGUUCCCGAGGCGAAAAAUGUGGCUUCGCUGCAGCAUGUGAGACGCGCCCGUCUCGCUGCCGUGCCCGCCGCCCAUCGACGACAGGGGGGCCCGCAACCGCACACCAUUUAUCACCUGCAGGCCAGAAAGACAGCCAGACAGUGCAGGAAGGUCAAGAUGUCAAGCUUGGUGUAUGUAUGGCUUACGAUUUGGGGAGAGACGGUGACGAUGCAGUGGUGAGCAAGCGAUGCUGCCACCAUGCUCGAAAUGAUCGAACCACCACCUAUAUCCAACGCCAUACAUACCGCACCGCAUAUCAAGAAGGAUGAAUAACUAACUGAGUCAGUCGCCCUUCCCUCCCUUCAACAACGAGCCGAUCCGAUCCGAUCCUUUCGUUCGUACGUACCUUCGACCAUGACACUUGUGAUGCCAGCACGCCCGAGUUGCCUGAGGCCGUCAGCCAAGUCAACACGGCCGCCUUCAUCGCUGGCACACACAACGACCUCCGAGCCUGCCGCCUCCAGCGCCUGACGCCGACGCAUCUUGUCAUCGGACGCACCCCCCUCAAAGCCCAGCCCCGCCUUGGUGGUCAGAAUGAUGGGCGGUUGGCCAGACGGCUUCUCGUGCAGUAGAGCGGUGGACUGCGUGGCGUCGGCCAGGCGGAGGGACGAGUCGACAAUGACGGGCCGGGGGUGUGAGGGCUCGUCGCUGCCCGUCAGGUGCCGGCACCACCAAUGGAAGGGGGACGUCACCGCUAGGCGAGUCGUCAGCCGGGGGUCGUCACUCAACUGCAUGGCAUGCAUCACACAACACAACAUACCACAGACAGAAACCACACAACCUCGUUCGUACAUACAAACUUCGCCUUGGCAUAUCUGUCUCUCCCUCUACUGACUGACUGACUGACCACAGUGCCGACUCCCACGAGUAUGGCGUCGUGGAUGCCCCGAAGAGAGUGGGUCAUCUGGUGGGCCAGCGGACCACUCAGACCCAGCGGCAUCGCAACACCACCCGCACCCCACACACCAAUGCUCCCACACACGCUCUGCGCAUACGUCAGCAAACAAAAGGGCAGCUUAACCGCUGCCGCCGUCUGGCCAUCUCGAGGUUGGUCAGCCGCGGCCCGCAGCACCUCUCGCUGCCUGGUCGUCAGUUGCUGCAGCAUCCGGAAGGCGUCCUUGAGCUGCCGCCGCUCCCUCCCAUUGAAGCGACGCACCAACCUGGGGUGGGAUGGGCGAACUGCUGCUGCAGGGGCGGCCGCACUGUCGGAAGACUGCUGGUGGGUGUGGUGCUCGUGGUGGCUGCAGGUCCCAUCAUGCGUGUGGUGGUCGUGGUGGUGGUGGUGGUGGUGGUUGGGCAGCAGGUGUCCCAUGCGGCGCAUCUUGGUGUCAAGGUAGCCCUUGUUGACAGCAUUAGGGGGGAUCACUAUCGGAACGCGGCCGCGCACAUCAACACCCGUCUCACGAAUCUUCUCUGCACAUUCAUUGCAUGCAGACAUUGACACACGCGGAGCACACGACAAGACACCCAUGCAUCAAGUCAGUCAGCAGGAUAUGAUGCCUUCCUUCGUUCCCGGCUCGUGGCUAACGUACGUAUUUUGUAUGGGUUGUUGGUGACGAGGCGUACGGACUGAACUUGCAAGUCUCUGAGUAUGGGGGCGACGCACUCGUAUCGCCUGGCCUCGGCGGGCAGUCCCAGGUGCAGGUUGGCGUCGACUGUGUCGAAGCCCUGCUCCUGCAAGCCGUAGGCAGCUAUCUUGCGCGCUAAACCGAUGCCGCGACCCUCCUGCUGGAGGUAGAUGACCACACCCUGACCGAUGCCCUCCUUGAAGUACUGAAGGGACCGGUGCAGCUGGGCCCGACAAUCACACUUCAGGCUGCCCAAGACCUGCACACACAGACAGACAGACAGUCGGCUGGUGUGGUGUUGCAGUCUCAUGUAUGCAAUGCAUGUGUGUGUGUGUGUGUGUGGGUGUGUGUCUGUACCUCGCUGGUCCAACAUUCGUCGUGGACUCGUAGGGGAACCUCGUGAAGCUGCUCGCCAGUCUCUUUCAAGCCGUCCACAUCCACGCCGACUACGAUGGCGAUUGCCUCCUUGGUCAUCCGCACAUCAGUCCGACCGCUGUCGGCAUCCACACACGACAUCUCAUACUCAUACGCACGCAACAACAUGUCACCUGCAGCCCAGCCAACGCAAGGCAACACACACACACACACACACACACACACACAGAGUGAAUGUAAUUAAUGUCCAUCCAUCAACCCUUACGUCUUCUCCCUGCCCUUGCCCUGCUCCAGCUGACCGUGUUCGGUGGGCAGGUUUGUGCUGCCGAUGAAGGUGACUUUAGCCUCAUCAGCGGAGCUGGCGAGUGCCCGCCACUUGGUGGACCACUCGAGGCCGUGAUGGGAUGGGCUCACUCUGUAGGACCCUGGUACGGCCGAAGAGCUUUGCCCGAACACGACGCUGCCGCUCCUGCUGCGCACCCCCAGGCUGUCGGGGGCUGUGCCGCUGUCGCCGACGAGUCGAACGGGUUGGUGUGAGUUUGCUGCAUGUUCCUCUUCGAGUUCGUACACCUCCACUCUGGUGGCAGCUGCGGCACUAUCGGCGGCAAUCGACACCACUGUAUGUGUACAUGUCGACCGGGUGGCAUACACCUGGCCAGCGGCGACAAAGCCCCUCUUGCUGCGAAACAUCGUUGGGUGGGAGGCGAGAGCUGCC